AUGCCUUGGAAAAUUGUGCAAACACAGAGUUUUCCUUUCAGGGAACUAAUUGAAAUUUUGGCAAUUUCAAGAAACCAGAAGCUUCCACAACCGGGGGAGGAGAGCCAGAUCCUGGAACUGCUGAUUCAGAGAGAUGGAGAGUUUCAAGAGCUAAUGAAGUUGGCAGUUGAUCAGGGGAAAAUCCAUCAUGAAAUGCAGCUUUUAGAAAAGGUAGUAGAAAAGAGGGAUAAUGAUAUUCAGCAGCUGCAGAAACAACUAAAAGAAGCCGAGCACAUACUGGCAACAGCUGUUUAUCAAGCAAAGGAAAAGCUGAAGUCGAUUGAAAAGGCAAGAAAAGGUGCCAUUUCAUCUGAAGAAAUAAUUAAAUAUGCUCAUAGGAUCAGUGCUAGCAAUGCUGUUUGUGCCCCUCUGACAUGGGUACCAGGGGACCCACGCAGGCCAUAUCCUACAGAUCUAGAAAUGAGGAGUGGUCUCUUGGGUCAGAUGAACAACCCAUCCACCAAUGGAGUUAAUGGACACUUACCAGGGGAUGCACUUGCAGCGGGCAGACUGCCAGAUGUGCUCGCUCCUCAGUAUCCUUGGCAGUCAAGUGAUAUGUCAAUGAACAUGCUACCUCCUAAUCAUAGUAAUGACUUCAUGUUGGAGCCUCCAGGACACAAUAAAGAGAAUGAAGAUGAUGUAGAAGUUAUGUCAACAGACUCCUCGAGCAGCAGCAGUGACUCAGACUAGGUACAAGGGGGACAGUAUCCCUAGCAGACCUUUCCUGUGGUGAAGGUAGGUUGGAUGCUGUUCGUCACAAACUGCAAUACCCUUUUGUUAAUGCUGGUGGCCCUAUGUAGGGAGAAGAUAACAGCUGGCUCAGAAAUAGGGUGACUAAAUUAAAACCCUGGACUUGAGAAUUUUUUUUUUUCUAUUAGCUGUUCAAGUAAAAUGACUGGGAGCUUUCUGCUGGAAGAGAGAUGUCAAACUUCCAGUGAUUAUGUAAAUGUGUAUGUUUGCAAGAGGGGGGUGUGUGUGUGUAUAUAUACAUUUACUAUACAUUGGAUGAUAAACCUUCCUGGGAAAAAAUGUGUAAGGGGAAUCCCCUUGUAUGUUUGUUAGUAACUUUACUCUUUUUCAUGAUAGCCUUUUCUAUGGCACAGAAAUGAGACAGGAAAUUUGUAAUUUUAACAUCU